AUGAUACAAAAAGUCGUUUCAUUGUUUUUCAACAGAAAAAACGAUAAUGAUAUAUUUAAAGAUAAUUGUGUCGAAAGAGAAAGUAAGGGGUGUUUGAGGUGCUUGGAUGGAUUUUACCUUUCAAAUUCGAUUUGCCAUCCAUGUAAUUAUCCGUGCACUUUUUGUUCCAAUUCAACAUAUUGCACAAAAUGUGAUCAAUAUUCUUAUGCUUCAAACGGAAAGUGUACAGAGAUAAAUGAAAUUAUUAACGUUUGUGAUGUGAUGAUGUCAACUUAUAAAGGAUGUGUAGUUUGUAAAAAUGGUUACAUGCGUUCUCCUGAUGGAAAGACGUGUGAAAUAUGUGACCAAUCAUGUGAAACGUGCUCUAAUGAUGGAAAUUGCAUUUCUUGUAACGAAAGUUAUUACAGAACACCCAAUAAUAUUACAAAAUAUUGCAAUCCAAUUGAAGAACCAUCGAAUUGUUUUAAUAAAACAAAGAAUGGGUGUGUGUUAUGUGAGGAUGGAUUUGCUUUAAAAUACAAUUUGUGUUACAAAUGUGGUGAAAAUUGUUCGAGUUGUGACACCAAUUUUGAGUGCUUAAGAUGUGAAGUUUAUAAUAUUUUAGUGGACAAAAAAUGUAUUCAUUUUUCACAUAUACCAAAUUGUAUUUCGUCAGAAAACUCCGUUUGUUCUCGAUGUUCUAAUGAAUAUAAAUUGAGUGAUGACAAAAUUGAAUGUACCAAAAAAUUGAAUUAUGGACUUGUAAUAGUACUUCCUGUUGUCUGUGUGAUGGUUAUAUUAUUCAUGACAGUAGUAAUUAUUACAGUUGCACUACUCUUGUUAUUCAAAAGAAAAGAAGAUCUUCUGGUUGAAAAUGUCUGUGUGUUUGAGAUGAGUCGUUCCAAUAUGUCAAUGACAAAGCUGAAUGGAGAAGUUCUUUCAAAUAAAAAAGAAAUACAAUUUGGAGAUGAAAAUGAAAACAUCAAAAUAGAACGUGAGAGUAGAGAAUUAAUUUGUGUGGGCAAUCACGGGAAAGGCAAUUUAAAAAUUCAAAUAACAACAAAAGAUAAUUGUGACAAAUACACAAUAAGAACGGAACCUAAAUUGGUGACUUUGAAAAGUGGAUAUGCUUGUGAAUUUGAAGUUUUUUUGACUCCACUUUGCACUAUCAAUUUGUCGGAUGAAAUUGUUUUAAUUUCACUUAAUUUAAAGACGGGGAAGAAAGAGACAACUUCAAUAAGAAUAUCAGCACAUACAGAAAAUUCAACACGAAUUGAUUAUGAUGAAUUAAUAGAAGAGAAAAAAUUGGGUGAAGGAUCUUUUGGAAUAGUAUAUAAAGGAAAGUACAGAGGAAGUAUUGUAGCCAUAAAAAAGAUGAAACAAAAAACACAAGAUGAUGCAGAACAAAUUGUUGAAUUGAGAAAAGAAGUGGAAAUGCUCGACAAAUUUAGAAAUGAUUAUAUUGUACAUUUUUACGGUGCUGUUUUUAUAACAAAGAAAGAGUGUAUAGUCACUGAAUUUGCUCAAUAUGGGUCUUUAAAAGAUAUUUUGAAAUCGAAAAGAAGUGAUGAAAUAAAGAUGAAAAUACGAGUGAAAAUGGUGUUAGAUGCUUCAAAGGGGAUAUUAUAUUUGCAUGAAAAUGAUAUUUUACACAGAGAUAUCAAACCGGAUAAUUAUCUUGUGUUUUCUCUCGAUUGGAUGAAAGAGUAA